AUGAAGGGACUAGUGUUGAUUGCCUUGAGCGGUCUCUUCUUGGCCGGUGCCCAGGCCAGAAUCCUGCCUAAGGAGGAUCUGCUUUGGGAGUUGCCGGAAGUCCCGGAAGUGGUAAACGUUAUUGAAACCAGAGAAGCUGGUUGUUCCAUUAAGAUCCGCAGCUCUGAGCUGAAGGACCCCCAGCCCUUGCUGAUCAAGUCGGGAACUUCUGAAAUCGUUGGCUUCUCGGACAGCGGCUAUGUGGAUGUGGAUAAGGACAAGACCAUUGAGUUCCACUGCACCAGCAGCUUGGCUUCUCCUCUGUCUGGCAAAUCUGUUACUGCCAAGUGUGUGGGGGGAACCACGUUCAAGAUUGACGAUAAGGAGCACGAUUUGUCCGCCAUCAAGUGCACAUCCUGGCCAGCUUUUGUGGGCAAAAAGUCGGGAUCCAGCUGCAACGGUGGCACCACUCUGAUCAAGGUUGGCUUCGAGCUCUCUGGUUCUCGAUUCGCCACGCAGUAUGAGGUGUGCUUUAACGAGGACGAGGAGGUGACCAGGUAUGUCUACCAUCGUCUUGAGCCGGGCAACAACUACUAUGCUACUGGAGUGGAUCGUAUUACCUUCGGUGCUGGAGGUUACUUUGCGGGUAAAAAUGUGGACAAGCUUUACACCCAGGCGGUUCAAAAAGAGACCAUCGAUAAGGAAUUGGACAUGGACUCGGCUAAAUAUUUUGAUUCGGCGAAGAAUAUCUUUCUGGCUCGUGGCCAUAUGGGUGCUAAGGCUGACUUCGUCUUUGCCCCUGAGCAAAGAGCCACUUUCCUGUUCAUUAACGCUGCUCCUCAAUGGCAGACCUUUAAUGCUGGUAACUGGGCUCGUGUUGAGGAUGGAGUUCGUGCCUGGGUGGCCAAGGAAAACAAGCACGUGGAAUGCUGGACGGGAGUCUGGGGAGUGACCACUUUGCCCAACAAACAUGGGGAACAGAGACAGCUAUAUCUGUCGCAUGAUAGCAAUGGCAAUGGACUGAUCCCAGUGCCCAAGCUGUACUUCCGAGUGGUCAUUGAACCAUCCACCAAGAAGGGUAUCGUUCUGAUCGGCGUCAACAACCCGCAUUUGAGUCUGGAGGAGAUUAAGCGAGACUACAUCCUCUGCACGGAUGUCAGUGAUAGGAUUAACUGGAUCAGCUGGAAGAAGACGGACAUCACCGCUGGUUACUCAUACGCCUGCGAGGUCGCAGAGUUCCGCAAGAAGGUUGACCACCUGCCCCAGUUCUCGGUAAGCGGAUUGUUGGUCUAAGUUUCCUACAAAAAAUAAUAAAUUAAUAAAUACCCUAUAAAACGUA